GCUGCACCAGAGGAUAUUGUCGAGGAUAUGCUCUAUUGGGAUAGCUAUCUUCGGCAGUUGCAUUACCGCACACGAUUGCUCCUUUUAGCUGCUUUUGGCAUUAUGUCACUUUUCCUGUUGUCCUAUAUUUGGCUCCCGGAUGCUUCAACUCAUGCGCAGCUAGAAAAACAGAGUAACCUUAUUAUUUUGUCACAGAACCAUGUCAGGCAGAUGUCAAUCGUUCAUUCUUUCAAACGUGAUGGUCUCAAUGAUCCACUGCUGAAUUCUUAUGAUCGUUUAAACGGGACUGAAGCGGGUUGUGUCGUUCGUAUUCACCAGAUGCUGUCGUUCCCCGACUGUCUUUCGAAAAUCGAAUGGCUCAAAACCCAUUGGGAAUCUCAUCCUUGCUAUGCGAAGCUUGGUGUCGAUGGUUCUGAAUGUUCCGUUUUGCGAUAUUUGAGUGAGAUUGAAGGUAUCUGCCCAGUUAUGGAGAAUCGGAAGCAGUUUUCGGUGUUUCCGAAUGCUUACGUUAAUUACGACCUAGACGCUCUUCUUCGACUCAUACCUCAAGCGGAUCAGCAUCAUUCAUCUAUUACCUUUAUGCGCACUCGCCUCAAACGAUUGUGGCCGGAAUGGACCAAUGGUAUGCGCGAAUACGAGUCGUGGAACGAUCCGGUGAAUUCAACCUCAGUAGCAUUUCCAAUAAUCUCCCCGAGUGACGAACCUAUCCUGGACUGCAUUCCUUAUGACGAAAGGGAACUACGAAUCACGCGGCAUCCACAUCUCCUCAAUCGACCUGCUUUAACUGUGCAUCUUCAUUUGGGAUUCUUGUCCACUGAAAUCAACAAAUAUUUUGAUGGUUCGAUUUCUAAAGGAGGCCCUCUGGGUGAAGUACUUCAGUGGACUGAUCUUCUUGCUGGUCUCUUCAUCUUGGGUCACAACGUUUCUGUGUCAAUGGAAUUGCAAUCGACGCUCGAUCGUCUUCAGGUGUCACCAUUUUUGAAGACUCCAUGUCAAGUAGGACAGUCUGCCGUUGAUCUGAUUUACACCGAUAUUGUUGGAUUUCGCCAGUUGCAAAGAGCCGGUGUGCGUGUGCACCGAUGCAAAUAUCGCAUAUUGGACUCAUUCGGCACGGAGGCGACGUUCAACCGUAAUAAGGAAUCUGCUUGGGGCGGCCUGCAUUUGAACUUGCAGCAGUUUUACACCCUGUUCCCCCAUUCUCCUGACAACACAUUCCUUGGGUUUGUGGCCGAGCAAUUAAGUUUCCCUGGCCCUCCGAUACAGUUAUCUUCUGAAAAACCGAGAGCUCUCAUUUACGGGAAACAAGCCUACAUGUGGAAGAAUGCAAAUGCGUACCUAAAGGUGCUGAGUGAAUUCUUCACGUUGCAAUCCAACGUCGCUGAUGCCAGACCCGGUGAUUUGCCAGAAUUUGUGAUAAAUCACGCAGUUUCGUACGGCGAGGAGUAUUUGAAACUACUGAAAUCCUGUCGGGUUAUGAUCGGUUUGGGUUUUCCAUAUGAAGGCCCUGCACCUUUAGAAGCCAUCGUCAACGGCAUUGUCUUUGUCAACCCACGUUUUGAUCCGCCUCAUGACAGACACAGGACAGCAUUUUUCAAAGACAAGCCUACUUCUCGAAAGGUCACAAGUCAACAACCUUAUUUGGAACAGUACGUUGGUGAACCGUACUCUUACCUGGUGAAUAUGCACAAUGAAUCGGAUGUACGACAGACUAUGGUCCGUCUGCUAUCCAAUCUCGAUAAAGUCAGACCAUUUCCAAUAUUCGAAUUCAGCGCCGUUGGGUUUAUUGAGCGCCUCAACGCGCUGCUUCAACAUCAACGUUUCUGUGAUAGUCCCUCGAGCCUUGGUCUCUUGCAAUCACCCCUACCAUUACCAGACAUGAACGACGGUCAUUUUCGAACUAACCUUUUAGAAGUGAACCGCAACGUGGUCAUGUGGCCUCCUCCUCUCACUGCCCUUCGUAUCAUCUUUGCGAUGCCCGGACAGUCUUGCACCGAAGCCUGCAUGGCGCGCGGACGUUCUACUGUCAGUAUCCUCACUCCAUCCUCUUUGCAUCCAAUAACAUCGGAAUAUCUGCGCCGUCGAUCUUUGCAUUUCCUUGGUGCUAAUCAACUCGAAAGUGAAAAUAAUCUUCGAUGCGCCCCUGAACACUUUUCCACCGUGAACAAUCGUUUCAAUUUAGAGCGCCUGCUAAAUUUUAGCUGUCCAUCAAUCUCUAUUCUCAAUAGCACUACAGCUCCCCAUUGGGACUCCGCUGCGCAAAGUUGUGUGUUUCAGGCGAGCCGUUUUUGGUUCGAUUGCACCAGCACUCCGACAGCAUCCAUCACCCGCUUUUGUCCUUGCCGGGAUAUUCUACCUGGUCAACUGGCAUUGUGUGCCACAUGCGUUUAACCCUCAGUUCUACAUGUGGUUUGCCACACAUUUGUCUUUCUGAUCCUUCUGGUUGGUCGCACGGACAUUGUUCAUGCCUUGCUAAUUGCGAACCUUCCAGCUACAUACUUCUUGAUCUUUUGGAUCACCAUCCACAUAGAGAGACCAGUGUUCGAGUGACAUCUUCCAUCCCGUCUCUUCCUAUUGCACUACUCUCUGUUUAUACAAUGGAACUUCUGUUCCUAGUCAUUUGAUCAUUUCUUCGCUUUUAUCCGCUAUUGACCCAAAUGAUUAUGCUCAUCAUAUCUACACAUUUCCAUUGAGACAUUUUUGCAGCCACAACUCAUGCUUCGAAAUGUCACCUUAUCCCCGUUGUACCACUUGGGAAAGAUUUCGAUGAUAGUUGUACACUCGUCUCUUAAACCUAUCACUUAGUAGCCCGUAGCCUAGAACUAACAAGCUUGUCUCGUAAUUUUGCGGCGCAGGUUCUAAUCCGCAUAGGGGUGGCUUCCUCGCGGUGUACUCAGCCCGCGUGCGACUGAUGGUGGUCGCACGGCAGCGAAGCGCCGUUACGGCGUACAGCUGGCACAUUAUUAUUAUUAAACCUAUCAUUUUUAUCUCUACUUACCUUCCGCUCUGUCCAACGUGUGACAUACUCAGUGAAGACGUGUUAUUUCGUAUCAUUAUUAUAUCGGUAAUCUGCUUCAUUUUCGCACGAACGGGCCAAUUCUUACAACCAUAGAGUAUAACUACUCGUACAGUAGCAUUAUGGUAGACUCGGUGUUCC